AUGACUCCCCCAAAGACACCGACAUCGACACCUCCAAUGCAAUUGUCACUUAACACCGGUGGCGAUGAGCUAUCACUACGGGCACACCUCACCCCGCCAGUGACCCCAAUAGGCAAGCCUAGCGGUCACGAUUCCUUAGAUCAAUUGGAAGGUGGCGCAGACGCAUCAAUAGUCAAACAGACUAUAACCAAGCCGCUGCGCUUCAUCGACGAUCUAAAGAUCUGCCGCGACGCAGAUGACAUACCCAUCGAGUUCGGCCGUGGCGUCCUCAGCAUCGUCUACAAAGCAACCUCAGCGCCACCUGCACCGCCUAUUGGCGCCGACACUCCUCCCACCUCACCAGCAUUCAGCAGCCGUGUCCUCGCCGCCAAGAUACCCCUCCGCCGCGAUGCGCGCGCAGCUCUCCAAGCCGAAGCCCUAACCUUAACCCGCCUGAACCGAACCCCAGGCCAUGAUGACCACGUCAUUAAAUUCUUCGGUGUAGAGGCCGCAACUGAAGCCCUAGUUAUGGCGGCAGUUCCGCUCGAUUUGUCGACAUAUGUCGAAGACCAGGCUGAUCUGCGCAAAAAUAACUUCUCAACAGCGACCAUGUUCGAGCCUGUUAUGGGAAUGGACUCGUUUUCCGAUCUGGCGCGGAAGUUGAUUGGGGGCUUGGCUUGGCUUCAUAAUGAGGCUGGGCUAGUUCACGGAGAUGUCAAACCGUUGAAUAUCCUACUCCGGCCCAUCGCGUCAGAUGAUUGUGCCCAUGCCGAUGCGGACACGGGUGCUUUCCCGUAUUACCCGCUUUAUGCGGACUUUUCGUCGGCGUUGGAUAUUCCUUCCGACCAGGAAGAUAUCAACAGCAAGAUUACUGACAUGUACGCUGUCACGGUUCCAUUCACAGCGCCAGAGAUUCUCAAGUCUUUGAUCUCCGGCAAUGUCGCAUUAUCGCCCGCAUCGGAUGUCUUUUCUCUCGCUGCGACGUUGAUUGCCUGCGCGACGGGGGAUAUGCUCCUGUAUCCAGGUGACCGGAGACGGCGCCAGCUGAUGGCGUGCGAUGGACACCAGAUUCUCGAAUUCACGAGGAACGGCGCGAAUGGAGCUCGCGUUUCGCGUAACGGACUUGUUGAGAAGCUGGUUAAGCCCGCUGUUGUCAAGGAUCCGUCACAGCGGAUAUCCGCGCAGGAUUGGGUUGCUUUUGCUGCUGCUUGA